UUUUGUUUAUAUAAGCAAAUAACAAAAAAUGGAAUGAAAUGGAUCCGUCAAGGAAUCUGUUAGAUUCUAAAAUUUGCGAAUUGCUUCCUAAAGAUUUUGAUAAGGUUGCACACUUGAUUGGAAAUAGUUGGCAAAGUUUUGGGCGCCAACUUGGCUUGACUAAUCAUGAUCUUGAGCAUAUCAAAUCAGAUAAUAGUUCAACUCUUGAGAAAGCUGUCUGUGUCUUAUCAAAAUGGAAACAAAAUCAUGUAAAUCCAUCAUGGGAGAUAUUAAAAACAGAGUUAACAAUGUUUCAGCGUUUAGAUAUCAUAAAAGAGAUUGAAAAAGUAUUAGCAGAUCGGAAAUUCAGUAAGGAUAAAAAAAACAACAAUGUAAGAAGAAUUCCCUAUGGUGGUAUAUUCAAAUUUGAUUUACAUGAAGAUGAAAUUUGUACAUUAGUUGAAUUUAAAUACUGGGAUCAUGAUGAAUGGAUGUCAAUCAGUGAUGAGAAACAAUCACACGAAUAUUACUUGACAAGAAAAAAAAACAAUUCAGUGUUUGUCAAAGUGGAAAAUUUGAUAAGUAUCAGUGAAAUGAUUUAUUUCAAGUUUUCAUUUCAAGGUUCAAAAAAAGGCAUUUUACCAAUCGAGUGUCUUUGUAACAUUACAGGUAAUUGCAGCUACGAAUUAUAUUACAAAAAUAUUAUAAUUGCAGCACCUGAACUAUUUUUCAACAAUGAAUUUAGCAAAAAUAUAAGAACACCAAAUUCUUUGGAUUGGAGAGAGACUGCCAAUAUUGUUCUUGAUAAAGUACCACAUGAUCAAUCAAUAGAGUUAAUUGCAGAUAAUUAUAUGGACAGAAAUUUUUCUGACUUGGCAGAUGUCAUUUGUGUUUGUCCCUCCUCAUCUGGUAAAAGUUAUAUUACCUUGGUACUUGAAAAGUUUUAUAAAUUGUUUUCUACUAACAAAACUGGUGUUUGUGCUAUUAUACCUGGUUAUCAUUUACGCCAUCAUGCUUACCUUUUAAAGUGUAAUGUUGAAAAUAUUCGAAGUUGUAAAGAUGAAGAUAGAAUAAUAUUAUUUCACUCUGAACUCAAUCUUAUUCUUAUUAUUCGUAUUGCUACAUCAUUAGCUCGCAUCCCGUUCGAAUCUGAAAAUUGUUUGAAUGAUAUUGUAUUGUUUAUUAAUAUUAACAGCCUUUACAUUGAAGCUAAUAAAUUAGUUGUUUUGGGAAUUAUUGUUUUACCUACAUAUGAGCGUAAAGAAUUAAAUGAAGAAUUAUUUUUUCUUUUUUCUGAAACCUGGAGAGAAGAAAAAGAUCAAAGUAAUGAGAAAGAACAAGAGUUAAAACAAAUUUUAUUUUUAUGUAAAGAUGAUAUGGAAGAUGAAAAUAUUAACCAAUGGUGGAGAUCAGUCGCUGCAUAUUGCUUUGGAAAAUAUAAUAAUAAAAGCAAUAAUUCAGUGUUUUUUAAAAAACUUAUUGGAUUAACUAUGAUAGUGAUGGCUGCUGUUGAUAAAGUCAAUUUUCCCACAAUACAUUUUGAUCCUCAAAAACAAAUCAAUACAUUGCUUCUCAACAAUGAACAACGUGAAGCAAUAUAUAGCAUGGAACUUAAAAAAAUUAUCACUGGAGGAUACGGUUCGGGUAAAUCUAUUGUUGGAAAAGAAAUUGUUAAAAAUUGCAUAACUAAAAUGUCAGAAAAUCCUUUAACCUUGUAUUACAUAUGUUGUAAUCAUUUCUCUUUGUUUCAAUGUGAAAUAAAAGAAUUUGUUGACCGUGUUAAAAAAGCCCCAAACGUUACUGUUGUUUGUGAUAAUUUGUAUGAGUUAUGGAAAAAAAUGCAUGUAAACGAAGAUAUUAAAAACGAUUACAUUUCUAUUCCAAAAUUAUUAGAGUAUUUGGUUGUUAUCAAUACUAAUAAAGUAUAUUUUGUAUUGGAUGAACUGUCAUCUGAUUAUGUGAAAGAAGAAGAUGCAAUUCAAUUUAAUAUUUUAUUUUCAUCUGCAUUAAAAGAAUCUUUAGUUGUUUUUAUACCUGAAAGUGUUGGAAAAAAUCGAAUGUUGAUAAAAAAUAAUAAAAAAUGCUUAAUUCAAAAGUAUUAUUUUAAUGAAGAAGCACUAGACAUGAAGGUUUUUACUCUUAGUAAAUCAAUGAGAGUAACCAGAUGUAACAAAUUAUUAAUAGAUUCUUCACAAGAUUCUAUUUGUGAAUCAAAAACUGUUUGUAAUUUUCCAAAUUCAAUUGUGGAUAAAAUAUCACCAAAUAGUAAAAAUGAUUCAUUUGAAAACAAACAUUCAAGAACAAAAGAGAAUUUUCCAAAUUAUUUUUCAUCGACAGAAUAUAAAGAUGAAUCUAUAUUAAAUGAUAUUUAUACAGUUGUUGAAAAUUUGAGUGAUUUAGGAAUGACGAAUGAUAAAAAGUUUGUUUAUAAUCCUCCUGAUGAAAAUCAUUUAUCAAAUACAAAAGUAGUAAGUACCAUCAAAAAAGAUUUUUAUGAAUACGAUUACGACCAUGUAUCAAAGCACGUAGCAGUUCAAACUAAUGAGGUAGUUUCAAAUUGUUUUAUGAAAACAACCUUUAUUUUUAAACCAAGUAUUACUGGACAUUCAAUUAUUGGAAAAAAACCAAAGGUAGUAUAUCUUCCUUUUCAUGACAUUACAGAAAAGCGAUCUGUAAAAAUUCUGUCUGUUGUGUUGGAGUGUCUUUGUUUUAACAAAUUAAGAAGAACUGUUGUUAUAUGCAAUAACAUGGAAGAAGUUCCAUCUGUUUCAUAUGCUAUAGAUAUAAUUGGAAAUUAUGAAUCAGUAAUUUAUACACCACAUUUACAAAAAAAAAAUCCUAAUUUUUCAAAAAAAGUUAAAGUUAAAAAAAAGCUAAUAAAUAAAUUAAAUAUUCUUGUGACUGACAGUAAAGGGUUUUCUGGAGAUGAGUCUGAAUCUGUAAUUGUACUUGUGAAACAAGAUGAGAUUUAUCUUAGACAUACUCUUGUAGAUGCCAUAUCAAGAUCAACUUCACAUUUAACAGUUUUAGUUUUAGACCAUGGAUAUAAAGAUAUUUUGGAUAAAAAUGCAACUAUUGCAAAUGUGUUAAAUAAUUGGACAGAAGAAAGAGUUAAAGAACUUAAAGUUCGUAUAUACAAUAAUGAAAAUCAGCCAGAAAACAUAGAUGAAAAAGUCAUAACUCAUGAAUGCAAUAAAAAAAAACAAUUGUGGACACGUGCAGACAGUUUUUUAAUAAUUUGUGAACGUUGUAAAGAUUUUAAUGAUCGUGGAUUAAAUAAAGACUUUGAUACAUAUAAAGAGGACAAACAGUUCAGAAUUCAUGAUGAAAAUAACUCUAAAUUAGAAACUAUGGCUUAUGACAUACAAGCAAAGACAGAAGCUAAAAAUGACACUCAAGAAAUUGAUAAUGAUAAAGAAAGGCAAAUAAAAAGGGAAUACAAUCGAGACUUUUUGCUCAAAUUUGCUCAAAUAUUCACUUUUAAACCUCAAGGACUACCUGACAUUGAUAUUGUAUUAAAUGAGGCACAUGCUCCUACUAAAGCUUUAGUUCCUGGACAAAGGUUAGCUUCUAAUGAUUUUAUACCUAGGUACAUGAAACAAGCUGGUGAAGGAAGAUCAUCAAAGAAAAAAGGGGGAAGAAAAGGAUUUGGCGGAGGCUCUGGAGCUUCUAGCAGUGGACAACAAAAAAAGAGUGUUGUUUUUCCCCAAUUUGAAAAAAUAGAGCUACAUAAGUCAGUAAAUGCAUGGGUUCCACCUGGUGAGUUGAUGAAAGAUUUACUUGAAGAUCAAAGAGAACGAGAGGAGCUCGCUAGAAGCAUGCGUGGAAUAUUGAAUAAACUAACACCACAAAAAUUUAAAUCACUUCUUGACAAAAUGAAGGAAUUGAAAAUUGAUACUAAAGAAAAAUUAGAAAUUACAAUUGAUCUUAUAUUUGAGAAGGCAGUCAAUGAGCCAUUAUUCAGUGAGACUUGUGCUAAUUUAUGUCAUUGUUUAAUUGAUUGUUUUAAACAACCCAAGACAGGUACUUUCACUCCUAAUGGCAUAAUUACAUUUAAAAGGAUUCUUUUAAAUAAAUGUCAAAAAGAGUUUGAUAAUGAUAGUUGUGAUGAGAAACUUUUAGAAGAAGAUAUAAGCAGAACAUUUGAUACUGAAGCAGAGUCAAAACUAUGGAAAGCAGAUUUAGACCAGCGUAAAAUAAUGAAUCGUAGACGGAUGCUUGGAAAUAUACGGUUUAUAGGAGAGUUGUUUAAGCUUAAAAUGAUAUCAGAGAAUAUUAUGCAUGAUUGUGUAAUCAAGCUUCUUAAAUGUGAAAAAGUAGAGUCAGCAGAAGACCAAUUAGAAUGUUUGUGCAUACUUCUUGCAACUAUUGGUAAAGAUUUGGAUCAUCCUAAGGCUAAAUUUCGUAUCGAUCAAUAUUUUGCUCAAAUGAGCAAAAUUAUUGACCGUAAAAAGAUAUCAACUAGAAUCAAGUUUGCUAUCAAAGAUAUCAUUGAUUUGCGUAGUUGUAAUUGGGUACCACGAAGAGAUGAUAGCAAUCCAAAAACAAUUGAUCAAAUACACAAGGAAGCAAAAGAUGAAGAAAAAGAAAUAGAAAAAAUGAGACAACAGGAUAAAAUGAGACCAAAAGAAAGAGGAUCUCAAAGAAGUAUUGGGCAUAAUAGUCCUGCUAUGCGUGGUGGUGUAAGUGGGCCUCCUUCAUCUGCUGAUGGCUGGACUAACAUCCCUUCAAAAUCUAAAAAUUUUCCUGCUACUCCAGUUGAUGCGAGCAAGUUUAAAAUUGCAAAGAAAGAUGACUCUGAAAAUAUAUUUCUUGGACAAUAUAUCUCUUGGUUUGUUAAUGAAAAUAUAUCUCUUGGUUUCCGUUCUUCUUGGUCCAGGGGAGCUAGUGGUGGAAGCAGUCGUAGUAUUUCUGGUGCUCCUGCAUCUGUUGAAUCUGUUCAGAAUAAACAGGCAAAUCGUUAUGAUGUUCUUAGUGAACAAAAUCCACCAUCAGGUGUUGACAGCAAGCGAGGAAGUCGUGGAUCAAAUACUUCACGGAGCUCAAGUGGUAAAUCUAGUCGUGAAGAUCGCAGUGCUGCAAUUCGUGCUGUUCAGGAUAUAACUACAAUGAAAAACCAGUUUUCUAAACACAGUCGUGAUAGUCCCCGAUCUGGUGCUCAAACUCCUGUUGAAACAAUGGAUGCAGCUGCAGAUGUUGAUUCUACUGUAAUAGAAAUCUCUGAAGAAGACAUGAGAAAAAAGACAAAAUCUACAAUAAAUGAAUAUUUAAGUAUAAGAGAUACAAAUGAAGCUAUAACUUGUUUAAAAGAAGUUAAUUGUUCAUAUCUUCAUUACAUGUUUGUUGAAGAAGCUAUUACAAUAGUUAUAGAAAUGAAAUCAGAAGAAAGAAAGUCCAUUGGAGCAUUGCUUCAUGAUAUGAUAAUUAAAAAUGUAAUAACUGUUGAUCAGUUAUGUAAAGGGCUUGCAUCUAUUGUGCAAAAUGCUCCAGAUUAUGCUGUUGAUAUACCACAUUUUUAUGAAUAUCUUGGGGAAGUGAUAGGUCCCAUGGUUUAUGAUGGUGCGCUUCCUCUAAAUAGAGUCAAAGACACUUUAGAACCAUUAGUCAAGCCAAACAAAGCAGGCGAUGUUAUGGCUGAGGCUUUAUCAGUAGCUGUUCAAAUUGCUGGUAAAGAAGAAUCAGUUAGUGAAUUGUGGUCUAAGUCAAAUAUUAAAUGGGAGAUGUUAUUAAAUAAUGAUGAAAAUGUAGAUAAAUUUAUAAAAGACAAAAAAAUGGAGUUUUUAAUGAAAUCAACUUCAAGUAAUAAAAUUCAUUCAAAUAAUGUUCUGAAAGGUCUAUUACGUAUACUUCAAGAAAAAGGCGACAAUAAUAAAAUAACAUCCUAUAUUGAUAGUGAAUGUAGCAAUUGUAAAUCUGACCCAUAUUUUAUAAAAAAUCUAACGUCAAUGAUUUGCAAAAGCACUCUUGUUGAAGAUGCGACAAAUACGCGUAGCUGUAACAAAGAUGAAUUAGAGAAACGUAUAAAUAUUUUAUUAAAGUAUAUUGAUGGAAAUAAAAAUUUAGAAUUAUUUGCGUUGUAUGGUAUUCAGCAGCUUGUGACAACGUUACAUCACCCUAUAGGUCUUGCUAUUGAUUUAUUUCAAGAAUUAUAUAACCACGAUAUUAUAUCAGAGGAGACAUUUUUUACAUGGGAAUCAAGUAAAGAAUUCCCAGAUGGAAAAGGAAAUACAAUUAGUUCGGUAAAAGACUUUUUAUCUUGGUUACGUAAAGCUGAAGAAGAAUCUAACGAAGAAGAUUCUACUCAGGUUUUUAAUUAGCCGAGAUAAUCUUUAAUAAAAUAUUUUAGAAAAAUAGCUUAUAGCAUGCAGGAUAUCGCAAA